CUAAAUGUAAACAAAACACUGGAACAGCUGAGUAGUAGACCGAGUAGCUGCGACGAAGCCAGAGAUAUUGAACUGUAUUGCAGAAGUUUGAAUUCAUCUCACGCCAUUUUGGAACUUUCCAUCGCAUCUUUUGUGUAGAAGCCAACCAUCAGAAUGAACACUCACGCCAAACCAUUCAGGGAAAGGCGAAAUUUUGCCCAGCGUCAAAGAGAUGUUGAACAAAUUCGGGAGCAGCAUCCAAACAAAGUUCCUGUGAUUAUCGAGAGAUAUCCAGGGGAGAAACAUUUACCACUUUUGGAUAAAACAAAGUUUCUUGUCCCUGAUCAUGUUACCAUGGGAGAACUUGUCAAAAUUAUACGACGACGUCUUCAACUGCAUCCAACCCAGGCUUUCUUCCUGCUUAUAAAUCAACGUGCCCUUGCCAGCGUGUCAAACACUUUGGCGCAGGUCUACCAGCAACAUCACCAUGAAGAUGGUUUCCUCUACAUGGUUUAUGCUUCACAGGAAGUUUUUGGCCAAUGAUAUUUGAAUGGGAAAAUAUUGGCUUAGACCAUUUUGCCAUGCUUUGGAAACCUUAUACGAGUUCCCCCAGGUAUUGCAUCCUGGACUGUUUUCUUGUGUAUUUGGCAUUAACUUUUUUUUUUUUUUUAAGUUAACCAUUACAUCUUGAGUAUUUGUUUGUAACUACUCUAUUACAGUUUGUGUUAAAAAUGUCUUUUUGGUAAAAACAAGGCUUUUUAAGAAUCAUCAUGUAGCUGUCAAAAUUAAAAGCUUGAAACAAUUUACUUUUCUGAUUUUAUAUUAUCUCUGAUAGUACUUAGUCUUUCAAUGUAGGAAUAUGUUCCUUACUCUGAGGUGAACAGAUGUUUGAUCUAUUAUGUAAAAUAGAGAUUUACCAUAAUAUGCAAAUAGAGGAUCAGCUGAUGUUAAAUAUACAGUGUCAUAUAUUUUUGUUGUAAUAGAAGGUAAAUGUAGAAAUCAAAAUUUUCAGUAUCUAAAGUAGUUUUUUUUUUUAUAGAAUAAUGAAAUUUAAAGUAGCUCAUCUGAUCUCUUUAAGCUAGAUAUAUUUUGAAGUGUUCAUUUGAUAGUGUGUAUUAAUCCUAAGUUUUCAUAUUUAAAGCCCCUUUAUACAUGUGUGUGAAAGAUAUUGCACGGAAAUUCUAUCUUGUGACAUCCCGUAAUAAUAAAUUAUGGAUGUUAUAUUUGUUUUUCAUUGCAAGUGAGAGAAAUAAAUAGCAUUAAGUGUUAAUUGUUGUAUGGCAUAUUCAUCGUAACAACUGCUCCUAUUGCAUGAAAAUCAUUUUUGAGUUGGUGUCUUUCAUGAUAUUAUUAAUUCUAAGACUUUUCAUCUUAGAUAUAUUAUAUAAUCACAAGAAUUUACUAGUUUGGUUAACCAAGACGACUUAUUUUUUUGGUGUGAUGAUGAAGUUUCACAGUAUUUAAACUUGUUGGAAACUUACAAAUUCUACAGCAGCUUUGUACCAGCAACUAUGUUGUAAUUGUGAUAAGUAAUAAUAUCCCUUUUAAAAAGUUAGCUGAUAAAUUUUUGCUUACUCAUGAAAUUGUCCUAAAGUGCUGGUUUUGAGAUUCAGAGGAAAUUUUAAUUAAACAUUUACUGCAUGUCUCUCAUGCUUUUAAAUUUAAUAAAUAUGUAAAGUGGAUUCUUUAGCCUUUUAUAGAGCUUUGUUUGCAAGUAUUGAAUUGAAAGAAUUUCAAGUAAAUGUUUCCUUGAUACGUAUUUCAAACUAAGUGUUACCAGCAGCUUGCCUGUUAACCAGAGGCUUAAUAUUAGGGAAGUGUACCAAACAAUUUCCUUGAUGAUAAUCAAAUUACAUGAGGCCACCUAAUUGCGAUUCAUUACACCAUUGUCAAGCUCUUAAUUAAGAGAGAGUUGCCACUUCGGCUAAGAGCUGGUUCAUUUAUGUAAUACUUUGACGCCUUUCCCAAGCUAAUAUUUAUCAUUUUGUAGCUGUGAGAGCAUAUGGACUGUCUCAUUUAGUAGGGCUUAUCCAUUUUUAGAAUUAUUUUUGACAAAAAUAAAUUUUCAGUUCUAAUCUGUGUAUUUUACCUACUUUAAUAUUUUUAUUGGAUACAUUAGCGCAUUAAUAAAAACAUUUACUAGAUAUUUAAGGAGAUUGAUUGUAGGUUAUUUGGUAUCAGUAUGUGAUGAGCACAUGGAAAGUAACUGGUUAUGGUUGUUUGUUAGUUGUGGUGCCUCGGUCUAGUCCUUGAGAAGAUAGCAGUACAUGAUGCUUUAGUCUUGUGCAAUUCCUAGUAAUACAAUUUAUAAUCUGAAGUUUUUCAUUUAGAAGAAAAUUGUGGAAUAGAUAUUUGGUCAUUUUUAGGUUCAAAAUUAACUGGACCCUGCAGCACGAACAUGAAAUAUCACAUAUGUGCAUACAGUGUCUUUCACGGAAUAGUUGCAUUAUAUUUCCUUUACUAGAAAUGAAAGUCUUGGUAGCAUCAUGCACUGUGCAGAAGUUUUGUUUGUUGAUACAUACGACUUAAUAGUAUGGUAAUGUGGUUUCAACUGAGGAUUUACUUUUUUAAGGUUAUGUGUACAUAGAGCUUGAAUGUCCAAUCCUUAUAUCCAUAUUGUAUAAAAUAAAAUAUGUUUUUAUACUGUA